GAAGAGGAAGAAAGGAGGUCUUGUGCUAGAGCCUGAUGAAAAAGAGGAAGAAAACGCUCAGCAGAAUGAAAAGGAGGAAGAAGAUGAAGUGGAUAGCAUAGAACAGGCAGAAAGAAACAGAGAAGAAGAAGAAAAAAAGAGAGAGGAUGCUCUUUGGGCCCGUUUCCUUAGUGAUGUGGGAGAGAAACCCAAAGUGGGGGCUGCCACGCCAGUGAAGAAGGCUGAAGAGAAGAGUGGGAACAAGCUUUGGGAGAAACCAAAAGAGUCUGAGAAGCCAAAAGACUCGGGAAAAGUGACGAUCACCAAAGUGUUUGAUUUUGCUGGUGAGGAAGUCAGAGUGACUAAAGAAGUGGACUCCACCUCAAAAGAAGCAAAAGCUUUUCUGAAGCAGCAGGAGAAAUGGCAGUCCUCAGCUCCAGCUUCCCUCCCGACAGGCUCUGGGUUGAAGAGACCAAGCGGUAUGAGCAGCCUCCUGGGGAAGAUUGGCUCCAAAAAGCAGAAGAUGAGCACGCUGGAGAAAUCUAAACUGGACUGGGAGAGCUUCAAGGAAGAGGAGGGGAUUGUGGAGGAGCUGGCGAUCCAUAACCGAGGGAAAGACGG